AUGAAUGCAAUGGAAGGUCCUGAGAGGCAGAAGCUCCAAAAACUGGAGAGGGAAGCCUGGGACAACCCUGCCUACAGCGGUCCCCCUUCCCCGCAUGGGACAUUGAAGAUCUGCACCAUCUCCAAAGCAGUGUCCCCCCAGCCCCAGCCCAAACAACCUGAAGAUGGACCACAGGAGAAGGCACACAAAACCCGGGUGUCCAGCUGCUGCCUCCAUAUCUGCCAAGGCAUCAGAGGGCUUUGGGGAACAAACCUGACGGAGAAUACAGCUGAGAACCGGGAGCUUUACGUGAAGACCACUUUGAGAGAGCUUUUGGUAUAUAUCGUGUUCCUGGUGGACAUCUGUCUAUUGACUUAUGGAAUGACAAGCUCCAGUGCCUAUUAUUAUACCAAAGUGAUGUCUGAGCUCUUCAUACAAACUCCAUCAGACACCGGUGUCUCCUUCCAAACCAUCAGCAGCAUGGCCGACUUCUGGGAUUUUGCUCAGGGCCCACUCCUGGACAGUUUGUAUUGGACCAAAUGGUACAACAACCAGAGCCUGGGCCGAGGCUCCCACUCCUUCAUCUACUACGAGAACAUGCUGCUGGGGGCUCCGAGGCUUCGGCAGCUCAGGGUCCGCAAUGACUCCUGUGUGGUGCAUGAGGAUUUCCGUGAGGAUAUUUUGAGCUGCUACGACGUCUACUCUCCAGAUAAGGAAGAGCAGCUCCCAUUUGGAUCCCUCAACGGCACAGCGUGGACAUACCACUCACAGGACGAGUUGGGAGGUUCCUCCCACUGGGGCCGGCUCACAAGCUACAGUGGAGGUGGCUACUACCUAGACCUCCUAGAAUCUCGACAGGCCAGUGCAGAGGCGCUCCGGGACCUGAAGGAAGGGCUGUGGCUGGACCGGGGUACUCGGGUGGUCUUCAUUGACUUCUCAGUGUACAAUGCCAACAUCAAUCUUUUCUGUGUCCUGAGGCUAGUGGUGGAGUUCCCAGCGACCGGAGGUGCCAUCCCAUCCUGGCAGAUCCGCACCGUGAAGCUGAUCCGCUACGUCAGCAGCUGGGACUUCUUCAUUGUUGGCUGUGAGGUCGUCUUCUGUGUCUUCAUCUUCUACUAUGUGGUGGAGGAGAUUCUGGAGCUUCGUAUCCACCGGCUUCACUAUCUCAGCAGCAUCUGGAACAUCCUAGAUCUGGUGGUCAUUUUGCUGUCUGUUGUGGCUGUGGGUUUCCACAUAUUCCGAACCCUGGAGGUGAAUCAACUGAUGGGGAAGCUCCUACAGCAGCCAAACAUAUACGCUGACUUUGAGUUCCUCGCCUUCUGGCAGACACAAUACAACAACAUGAAUGCUGUCAACCUCUUCUUUGCCUGGAUCAAGAUUUUCAAGUACAUCAGCUUCAACAAAACCAUGACCCAGCUCUCGUCCACACUGGCCCGCUGUGCCAAGGACAUCCUGGGCUUCGCAGUCAUGUUCUUCAUCGUCUUUUUCGCCUAUGCUCAACUCGGAUAUCUGCUUUUCGGGACCCAAGUGGAAAAUUUCAGCACUUUCAUUAAGUGCAUUUUCACUCAGUUCCGGAUCAUCCUUGGGGACUUCGAUUACAAGGCUAUCGACAAUGCCAACCGCAUCCUGGGUCCUGUCUAUUUUGUUACUUACAUCUUCUUCGUCUUCUUUGUGCUCCUGAACAUGUUCCUGGCCAUCAUCAAUGACACCUACUCAGAGGUCAAGGAGGAGUUGGCUGGACAGAAGGAUGAGUUGCAGCUUUCUGACCUUCUGAAACAGGGCUACAAUAAGACCCUACAGAGGCUGCGUCUAAGGAAAGAACACGUUUCAGAUAUGCAGAAAGUCCUGCAGGGUGGACAGCAGGAGAUCCAGUUUGAGGAUUUCACCAACACCUUACGGGAACUCGGGCAUGGAGAGCAGGAAAUCACAGAGCUCAAAGCCACCUUUACCAGGUUUGACCAAGAUGGGAACUGCAUCCUGGAUGAGAAGGAGCAGACCCAAAUGCGAGAGAAUCUGGAGGAGGAGAAGGUGGCUCUCAGCACUGAGAUUGAGAACUUGGGUCAGUCCCUUGUGAGAAGCCCAGCAGGCCAUUCAGGCUCCGAGGCUGCCAGAGCAGGUGCCUGGGUAUCUGGAGCAGAAUUCCACACCCUUACAGAGAAGGUGCUACAGCUGGAGACUUCCCUGGAAGGAGUCAUAUCCAAGGUUAAUGCUGUGUGCUCAAAGCUGAAGACGCUGGAGAGGAAGGGGCUGUUGGCUCUUUCUUCUGGCCUGGAGGAACAAUAUAUUUGGGAGCCCUUGCAGCCAGAACCAUCUGUGACACCAGCUUCUUAGGGAGUCCAGAAUGGGCAGGCGUUUGGUGGGGAAGAUGCCCUGAAGCAUUAG